ACGAAACUUAAGGAACGCUACCGGAAGUUUUCAAACUGUGAGCUCUGAAGCAUUUUUUUGACUGUGUUGUUAACUUCGUUGACUUUACAGAUAUGGCCGCUUCCAGCUGUCUGCUGACAGAGGAAAGGUUCCAGUGUUCCAUCUGUCUGGACGUGUUCACAGACCCAGUGACAACGCCAUGUGGACACAACUUUUGCAGCACAUGUAUCCACAAGUAUUGGGACAGCAAUAACUCAUGCCAGUGCCCAUUUUGCAAAGAGGUAUUUUCUCCUGGAACUCACCUUAAAGUCAACACUAUGGUGUCUGAGUUAGUUAGUGCGUUGAAGACAUCAGUUCAAGUGAAAGCCACGACCACAGAGCCUGGGCUUAAUGAAACAACAGACGUUCUUUGUGAUAUCUGCUCUGAGAAAAGGGAAAAGGCUGUGAAAUCAUGCCUGAUGUGCAUGGCCUCUUUUUGUGAAGCCCACCUGGAGCCACACUUGAGAGUUGCUCGCAUGAAGAGCCACACAUUACUAAACCCAGUGAAGGAUCUUGAUGACAGAAUGUGCAAGGAGCACAGCAAGAUGACAGAACUGUACUGUAGGACCGACAAGGCCUGUAUUUGUGCCCUGUGCAUCAAAACCAACCACAAAGGUCAUGAAGUUGUUCCACUGGAGGAAGAAUACGAAGCAGUGAUGGCUAAAAAAGAUGUGACCACAGCAGGCAUUGAAAUAACUAAACAAUCACUGUUAGAGAAGAUAGCAGCAAUUGAAGACUCAGUCACUGAGUGCCAAAAAGAAGCUGAAAAGGAGAAAGAAGCCAGCAUGCAGGCAUUUGAUGACUUGAUCUGCUCUAUCCAGAGCAGCCGAGCAGAGAUUCUUGAGGCGAUUGAGGAGAGGUGCAGAGCAACCAAGCAGAAGGCUGAAGACUUCAUCACACUACUAAGGAGGGAAGUUGCUGACCUUGACAGUAGGAGCAGUCAGCUGGAGAAGCUGUGGCAGAGUGAGGAUCACCAUCUUUUACUCCAGAGUUUCCAAACAUUUUCAUCAACUUUAAACAAAAACUGGGCAGAUGUUAACGUGCACAGCGAUAUGUCUUUUGAUGCUGCAAGAGGUUCUAUUUCUCUGCUGAAACAGAGAGUUGGUGACAUAAUGGAGAAUCUUCCUGAGAUCAAAAUGAAAAGGAUGAGGGAACAUGCAGUGGACUUGAACUUUGAUCCAGAAACAGCAUAUUGUUCACUUGUCAUAAGCCAGGGUGGAAAAAAAGUCACUGAAGGAGGAAGAAGACCUAAACUUCCCCCACAUCCAAAAAGAUUUGAAAUGUUUUCUGAGGUUUUGGCAGAGGAGGGGUUUACAACCGGAAAGUUUUACUAUGAGGUCCAAAUCAAAGAUAAAACUGACUGGAUUAUUGGAGUUGUCAAAGAGUCUAUUGACAGAAAGACAGACGCACCUCUGUCAGAAGAAGAUGGUGCUUGGACCAUUGGGCUUGAUGAUGGUAUUUAUCAAGUAUAUAAUAAAGAUGGAAAAAUCUCAGUAAAGGAAAAGCUCCAGAAAGUAGGCGUCUUUGUGGACUACAACAAGGGUGUGGUCUCCUUCUAUGAUGCUGAUUCUAAAUCACAUCUCUAUUCUUACACUGGAUGUUUCUUUACUGAGAAACUGUAUCCAUACUUUAACCUUCAGGGGCUUCAAAACGGAGCAAACACAGCUCCUAUUGUUAUUACCCCUGUGCCUAAAACACACUGAGUUUGUUCCUCCGGUCUUUAAUUGAUGAUAGCAGAAAUCCAUCAGUGCUAAAAUCUUACUAGGUCUACUGAAAGUCUGAACAAGUUUACAAGCCCCAACUCCAAAACAGUUUUGACGUUUUGAUAAUGUGACUGAAAACUGAACACAGUGAUAUGCAAAUCCUUUUCAACGUAUAAUCAAUUGAAUAUAGCACAAAAAAGUGGAAGAGUGUACAGUCCAUAUAUCAUUGUUUUUGGAAAUGAUGGCCAUCCAGACUAAAAAGGAAAAGGAUCGUUCAAAUUAGUACCGGCCAAGGGUAUCGAUAGUCAUCCAUGUUUGUUAUUCUUCUGAAGUCAUGAUGGUCUGUGUCAUCUAGUGUGUGUUCAGAUGAUUACAAAAUGAAAGUUAUUUUAAAUAAUCACCCAUAUUUUUAAAGUCUUCUAAAACCUAAAAAUCAUCUAGUUGAUGACCAGACUAAAUUUAAAAAGCAGCAUCUGUGAUGGUGUGGGGUGUAUGAGUGAACAUAGCAUGGGUAACUUACACAACUGUGAAGGCACCAUUAAUACUGAGAGGUUCAUACAGAUCGUAUGAUUCCAUACAGACACAUCACUAUUCCCAUGACGGGGGACAUACAAUGCAAACCCUGCCGUGCUGAGCAGCUUAAGAUGUACAUGAAGCAAGAAUGCAAAGAAAUUCCACUUUCAAUACUUCAGCAAUGGUUGUGCAUGUCGUGCCGUGCGUGUUUUUAUGUGUGUGCGUGCGUGUCUGCAAGAGAGUUAAACUCUCGGAGACCAAUAAAGACGGCAAAUUUGGUUGUUUUUGGCGUUGGCUACGGCCCACAGUAACCUGCACUGAAUUAGCUAAAGCUUAUACAAAGCUGGAAAACGUCCUGUUGUACAGGAAGAGUGGGGGUCCUGAUAAAGUAAACAAAAAGUCGAACGCUGCAGUUUUAUACAUUAUAGCUAGCAAAACAUUCCGGUGAGAGGAGUUCUGAAUUAGCCUCAUGUUAUUGAACUGCAGACCCAGCCGCCACAUAUGCUGAUGUAGACAGCUGUUAGGAUCAGAUGUUUCUGUGCUCUUCAUCAAUGUUAAAGGAGCAGCCCCCAGCAUCUAAAGGUGAGCUAAUACAGUCAUGUCUGUCUCCUGUAAAUUAUAAUAAUUGUGAUAAGUGUAUUUAUCUCUCUGAAAGUGGAGUGUGUGUUUAACCCUAACCAGUUACUGUAUUGAUGAUAUGAAAUAUACAGAUUAAUUCUGUUGUGUUGUUGAGCUUCAUAAGAUCUGCCAUUUUUUGGAGGAAUAGAGAUGCAGGUGGUGGUCAUGCACCUGAAAUCAGUAUGUUGUGAUGGUCGACUUUGUUGCUUGUCAUUAUAGGAGUUAUUUUUGGUGUACUUAAGCUGUCACUGGACUUUUAUGGAGUUUUGUUUGUUCAUCGAAAGAAAAGCACUAAAUAUUGAUUAUUGGGCUGUUUUGUGCACUCUGGCGGUUUUUGGACAAGUUUUGGGCUGGAAACUAUCAGCUGUAUCUGGCAACACUGAUUGCGCAGUGAGCUGUGUAUGGAGAGGCUUGGCUGGUUAGCAUAUACCUGCAUAUACCGGCCUGUCAUACAUAAGUGUGGUCUGAGGCUUGUCAUUGUCAGGGUCUGUACUUGAUGAUAAUAUUGACAGGCCAUUUGCACAUCUGAGCGACUACAUUAAAGUUGUGCUGUUGCGCAUUUCAUGAGAGAAGUUGUCAGUCUCAUUUUUUAUAAAGCAUAAUGUGACCAUGUAUAGAUAGAUACUUCAUUAUACAUUCAUACUGUCUUGUAAUUCUGCUUGAUUUUUCUCUCAAAAUGCACCAGAUUGACGCUUUUAAAUAUGAAAUAUUCAAAAUUUUCUUACGGGGGAGAAUUCCCCCGGACCCCCCUAGAGGGGUCGUAUCCUUCUCACCUUUUUCACCCCUCACCCGUUUUCAUGCCUGCUACAGAAAGCCCCACCCAGUCUCUAGUUCUGCAUGCUGGUUUGAGGUGGUUUGAUGAUGAUAAUAAUAAUAGUAAUGAUAAUAAUAAUCACAGUAAUUUUUACAAAACUGUUACUCUCAUCCAUUCCCACUGCUUUCAGCAGCUCAUAAAGAGCUUCAUGUGCGUUUCUGCAUCCAUUUUCUACAAACUCAAACUGAUCAUGACAGCGAAGCAUGAAACACAAUUUUGCCAUUGGACUUAAAGUUUCCUUCAGUUCUGCGCGAUGCAUCCAUUUUUCAGAGCUUUUAAAAGUGCUGCUCCUGCCUGUACCAGUAGCAGUGAUGCUGCUGGUACCUCACAGACAACAACAACAAAAAAUAUGCUGGAGCAUGAUGUGUAUGCAUGCUGCCCCCUUCACAUUUCUGCCUGCCCCCUCAUGUAUGCAUGCCUAGAACCGGCCCUGUAAGUAAUUGAGCUUGCCUAAGUUCUGUUUUUGUAAUCCAUGCAUAGAUAUGUGUAAGAACCAGUCAUUUGUCAUGGCUUUAUGCUGUUUAUAUUUUGCCCCUACUAUAUUUUGCAUCUUUUGACUGUUUAUGUACAUAUGCAAAGCCACAUUAUUGGGUUCAUAUUUGAACAUCUCUUGAGUGUGAAAUAUGGAUGUAUCACAUAGAAAUGUAAAAUAAUAUGAGAAUAAUAGCGUUAAAAUAGUUAAUUGCCAUCUUUUUCAUUGCUGUAACAAGCGUUGAUUGCACAAUUGUUGUUGUUGACUGUUAUUGGCUGUAAAAAUGUC